AGCUGUAAUGACAGUCGAAGACAUCUACAGCCGUACCAAAGUAUUCGCAGAAAUUUGAGCGCUUAAACAGUGAAAAUGUUCCAGUUUUAUAUUACAUUGCUAGGAUUUUUUCUGGUCGGUUCCAAUGGAGCAAUGUUCACCAAACAACAGCAUCCCUUGGAUGGACGUAUCGUUGGCGGCGAAAUUACCACUAUACAAGAACAUCCAUAUCAGGCUUCCCUGUUCAAAUUCGGUUCACAUACUUGUGGCUGUUCCAUAUUGGAUACUGGUGAUAAUAAAACCAAUGGAUUGUUUUUGGUAACAGCUGCACAUUGCGUUGAACCCGCCACGCCAUAUUAUUACGCUGUAAAAUUCGGCAUAACGUACCUAUAUGAACGGAGUCAAGUGGCGCUCAUCGAUACUAUUGUGCAACAUGAGAAAUACAACCCCAACACCUCCGACUAUGACAUUGCCUUAAUUAAACUCUUUGAACGUAUUCCCCUCAGUUCCAAAGCGCGUCCGAUACGCAUGGCAAGUGAAGCACCAGCAGCUGGCACAUCCGCUGUUGUUACCGGUUGGGGUAGCACCACUCAAGGUGGACAAUUGUCACUCGCAUUGCAAGCAGUUACUGUGGACGUGGUGAAUACUAAUGUGUGUGCAGCACUGUAUGCGUUGAGAGGUAAUAUAACGGAGCGCAUGUUAUGCGCUGGGGUACCUUAUGGUGGUAUGGAUUCGUGUCAGGGUGACUCUGGUGGACCAUUGGUGGCUGAUGGCGUACAAAUCGGUGUUGUCUCGUGGGGUCUUGGUUGUGCCCUACCAAAUUUUCCUGGUGUUUACAGUAAUGUGGCAAAUUUAAAUGCCUGGAUAAACAAAACUGUUGAGGAGAUGCAAGCCUCAUAAUGAAAUAAAGUGAAAUUAAAUUUAAUAAAAUAAAAAUAAAAAUA